AUGCUUCCGGGAGAAGAGACGACCCGUGGCGCGCACAAUUUUUGCACCACCUUUUCCAGCAGCAGUACCCUAUCAUAUUUUUCACAGUCUAGGGGGAAAAAAAGAAGAAAUAAAAUCACUCAACUCUUCACAAUACUGAUCAAAAUGAAAAAUAAGGUAGACAAUGAACAUGAAUCAGAAAAUGAAGUUGCAAAUGACACCAUCUUGUCCAGAAAAGACCUUGGUAUAUCAGAGGUCUCUAGACUUGAGAUCCCUUUCUCAGUGCAGCAAGUCAUCUCUGAGAUUGAGCAAGCACAGAUCUCUCGAGCCAAACAGGACAUUAAUAUGCAGCUGGUUGACAUAAUGCAAAGGGUGCAACAGACAAUAAGACGCUACGCUGCUGAUGAGAAUGUGACCUCUGGAAGGAAAAUCUCCCUUGAGGAACAUAAGAAAUGGAGAAUAAAUUUGCUGGAGAAAAUAGCUGCUUAUACUAAUUCUGCUGAAAUUAAAGAAAUGACACUCAUCCAUAUCCUGGCAUGGUUGAAAGAAUGGAAUGCCACUUUGUCUGAGAUGACUGCAUUUGAUAUUGAUGAACACCACCGCUGGAUAGUACAAAUGGAGCUUUUAUCAGAAAUGUUCAAAGCUUUUGAAAGUAAUGUCAAGAUGCUGAAUAGAACUAGUACCUCUUUGCUCAAAGAAAAGAAGCAAAAGAAAAAAAUAACAUCUAGAGGUACUCUAUGGAAAGCUUGGAAAGAAAGAGUUAUAAAGCGACCUGCAACAGCCCAUGCUUUAAGACCAGAUCAGAUGAUUAGUGAUGAAUUUGCAGCAAAUACAAAGGUUUCAGAAAUCCAAGGUAUGCUACAGGAACUCAUAGAUAAUGCAAUUUUCAAUAAAUUGGAAAACAAUGCUAUUAAAUAUAUAUCAUCAACAAUAGUAAACCUUUCUAUAGCAUUGAGUUCACUAAAGGAUGAAGUAAAAGUUAUUAACCUCCAAAAUGCCAAUAUGUAUAUAAAUGAGACAAGUGAAAAAGAAAAAGAGGUCUCCCUGAAGAUAAUACAAGAUCUCAGUGAAGAAAAUGAAAUGCUUCAGCAGAAACUUCAAGAUGCAGAAUUAAAAUGUGAAUAUCUUAUUCAAUCCAAAGUAUCAACAGUGUCACUCACAUCAAACUUGAAAGCAUUAGCUGAGCUUUCUCCACAAUCAUCCGUGGUCAUUAGCAAGGAUGAUAAAGAAGAAAGGAUGGACAGUAUUUUGGCCAAAGAAUUUGAAAAUAGUGUGAAUGAGGCACUGAGAAAGGGGACCAAAGACUCAGGGAUCAAGUGGGACUCAGGUAUUUCAUAUACAGCCCAAGUUGAAAUGAUUCCAGAUUUAAUUGAACAGCAAUCCCCUCUACCUGAGAAAAAACAGAAAACACCUUCCAAAGAUAUCACUGAAGAUAAGAUAUCACUGAAGGAAGGUGAUGUCUCUCAGAAAGGUGGUACUGACCAAUAUCAAUCACAGAAAAGUAAGAGCACAAAAGGCCCAUAUGUGCAGGAGAUCUCUGGACCUAAUCUGAGUGAUGAUAAAGGUAAACAGAUAGUCUCAGAGACCAAAGCUGAUUACCACUUUGAGCUACCAGAACUGGAAAAGAAUAAAGAAGUAAAAUUCCUUUCUGAAGCCAAAUCAAAAUCAUUCACUGAAUCAAAAAUUCGGCAUGUCCCUGCUGAUUUCCCUUCUAUUGACACAAAGGGCCAAGGUAGCAAAAGUGUACCUACUGUUUGGGAACGACUUAAGGAGAUGAAAAUUGAACACAUACUUGAGAAAAGCCAAAUUUCUUCAGAGAAUCAAGAGAAGCCUACCACUGAGUCAAUGGACAAAGAAAGCAAAAGUGAUAUGAGUAGCCAAGCAAGGCCAUACGGUUUGAUCCAACUUGAUAAUUCCUCUGAGAAAGUAAAAACAAAAAGAAAAAAACGUCAAAUCUCUGCAGGAGCUACCACAAGCAAAGAAGGAAAAACAGAAGUGGAUAUGUCAGUCUUCUCCAAGAAGCUCAAGUCUCAUGAAUUUGUUAAAUCAAAAUCUAGGAUAACUGAAGAGGCUUCAGAAUCUACUAAAGUUCCAGGAAUUCCAGAUAGUGAAAGUGAACCAAGUAAUCUAGAAGAAUUUCAUAAAGCCAUAAUGGCUUUCUUAAAAGAGAAAAUUGAUAACACAGGAAAGCCGGUGGAUAAAAAGACUGUGCCAGAAGAGGAGCUAAUACUAAAAGAAACAGAAGUGGAAAAAUUAGGAAUCAUAAAGGCAAAAAUGGAGGAAUAUUUCCAAAAUGCGGCUGAAACUGUGACAAAAAUCUUGAGAAAAUACAAAGACAUAAAAAAUGUAGGAGAAGUUGGAGAGAAACCUAUGAAACAAAAAACAGUAGUCUCACUUAUGCCAGGAUUGCAUUCUCAGGAGCCAAUUAGUGCAAAGUCUGACAUUAGCUCCUUACUGUCAUCUGUGAGCAUGGACCCAGUAAUUCACAAUGUGAUACAAAUGAUCUUGACAGAAAUAGAAGGUGAAAGAGAUGCACCAGUAGCCUCAAUAGCAGGGAGAGACCACAAGGAGAAGGAAAAACAAAGGCAGGAGGAAUAUCUGCAAGAAGUUCAAGAAAAAAGUUUUGAUAUGAAUCCUAAAGACAAGUUGCAAGAAGAAAGGAAUCUCUGGAAGGCGAGCUAUGAGAUGAUAAGUAAAAAUUUGGAGCAGGAAAAGUCAUGGCUCCAGAUGGAGGGAAAGCAAGAGCAACAGAAAGAGAAUCAGUGGCCAGAGGAAGUGUGGAAGAAACAGCAAAAACAGAGGAUGCAAAAGCAGAUUGAGCAGGAUGAGAAGCAAAAGCAAAUGGAAGAGGAGAAAGAGCAAAAGCAGCAGCUGGUAGCAGGGAGGCAAAAAAUGAAAGAGCAAGGAGUGCUCUUGGAGAAGAAGCAGGGACAGCAGGUGGGGCAGGUUCAGAAAGAAGUGAAACAUCUGAAGCAGGAAAGCAGUUGGGAGAAAGAGGAAGAGAAGCAGAAGCCAAUGAGAAAGGUAGAGGACCAUCAAAGUCAGUGGCAGAAAAAAGCAAAGGAGCAGAUGAAGGGUAAGGCGGAACUCUCUGAAGAACUAGGAAAGAUGUUAAGCUACACUUCAAUGACAUUGUCUCCUAGGUGGAAGAAAAUGUGGAAAGGUGAAUCUCGGUUACACAAACGACAAGAGUUCCUUGUGAAUCUUAACACAUUAGAGACUCUUGCUGAUGAAGAGCACUCCAUGCCAAUCGUUCCUUCCACCUCCACACAGUCUUCCUUAUCUGGGCCCUUUUCUAUUUCUGGAGAGUCUCCCACAAAGUCCACUGCUGAUAUCACUUUCACCCCUGAGCAGGCCCAGGCACUUGGGGUCACCCUCACCCCUCAGCAGGUCCAGGCUCUUGGGGUCACUCUCACCCCUGAACAGGCCCAGGUGCUUGGGGUCACUCUCACCCCUGAGCAGGCCCAGGCACUUGGGGUCACUCUCACCCCUGAGCAGGCCCAGGCGCUUGGGGUCACGGUCACCCCUCAGCAGGCCCAGGCGCUUGGGGUCACUCUCACCCCUCAGCAGGCCCAGGCGCUUGGGGUCACUCUCACCCCUCAGCAGGCCCAGGCUCUUGGGGUCACUCUCACCCCUGAGCAGGCCCAGGCUCUUGGGGUCACUCUCACCCCUCAGCAGGCCCAGGCGCUUGGGGUCACUCUCACCCCUCAGCAGGCCCAGGCGCUUGGGGUCACUCUCACCCCUCAGCAGGCCCAGGCGCUUGGGGUCACUCUCAGCCCUCAGCAGGUCCAGGCACUUGGGGUCACUCUCACCCCUGACCAGGCCCAGGCGCUUGGGGUCACUCUCACCCCUGAGCAGGCCCAGGCGCUUGGGGUCACUCUCACCCCUGAGCAGGCCCAGGCGCUUGGGGUCUCUCUCGCCCCUCAGCAGGCCCAGGCGCUUGGGGUCACGGUCACCCCUCAGCAGGCCCAAGCACUUGGGGUCACGCUCACCCCUCAACAGGCCCAGGCUCUUGGGGUCACUCUCACCCCUGAGCAGGCCCAGGCGCUUGGGGUCACUUUCACCCCUGAGCAGGCCCAGGUGCUUGGGGUCUCUCUCACCCCUCAGCAGGCCCAGGCGCUUGGGGUCAUGGUCACCCCUCCGCAGGCCCAAGCACUGGGGGUCACGGUCACCCCUCAACAGGCCCCGACCCUUGGGGUCAUUCUCACUCCUCAACAGGCCCAGGCAUUUGGAGUCAAUGUCACCCCUGAGCAGGCCCAGGCGCUUGGCGUCUCUCUCACCCCUCAGCAAGCCCAGGUGCUUGGGGUCACGGUCACCCCUCAACAGGCCCAGGCGCUUGGGGUCUCUCUCACCCCUCAGCAGGCUCAGGCGCUUGGGGUCUCUCUCACCCCUCAGCAGGCCCAGGCGCUUGGGGUCACUCCCACCCCUCAGCAGGCCCAGGCGCUUGGGGUCACUCCCACCCCUCAGCAGGCCCAGGCGCUUGGGGUCACGGUCACCCCUCAGCAGGCCCAGGUGCUUGGGGUCACUCUCACCCCUGAGCAGGCCCAGGCUCUUGGGGUCACUCUCACCCCUGAGCAGGCCCAGGCUCUUGGGGUCACUCUCACCCCUGAGCAGGCCCAGGCGCUUGGGGUCACUCUCACCCCUGAGCAGGCCCAGGCGCUUGGGGUCACUCUCACCCCUCAGCAGGCCCAGGCACCGGGGGUCACAGUCACCCCUCAGCAGGCCCAGGCACUGGGGGUCACAGUCACGCCUCAGCAGGCCCAGGCACUGGGGGUCACGGUCACCUCUCAGCAAGCCCAGGAAUUGGGGGUCACGGUCACCCCUCAACAAGCCCAGGCUAUGGUCACUGUCACCCCUCUGCAGGCCCAGGAACUGGGGGGCACGGUCACCCCUCCACAGGCCCAGGGACCUGGGGUCUCUUUUACCCCUGACCAGGCCCAGGCACAAGGGAUCACUCUCACACCUCAGCAGCCCCAGGCACUGGGGGUCACUGUCACCCCCAAACAGGCCCAGGCACUUGGGGCCACUGUCGCCCCUGAACAGGCCCAGGCAUUGGGAGUUCCCAUUAUCUCCCAAAAUGCCUGGGUAUCAGCUGUCACUCUUAGCCCUGAACAGGCAGAGUCUUUGGGGCCCCCCCUCACCUCGGAUAAAGCCCAUGUUUUAGGAUACUGCCUUACUCCUGAGCAAGUCCAACUUUUGGGACCCCCCUUCACCCCAGGACAGGCCCAGCCCAUAGGUAUUACUCAUAUACCAUUUCAAGAAUCAAAGACUUCUCUCCCUUCUAGGCAAUCCAUUACAUCAAGAACUAGGCAGUCCCUAGCAUCAUCUGCUCCCAUUGCUGAGAAGUCCUCUAUAUUUGAGGUCUCUUCUACUCCUUUGCAGAUAUCAAGUUCUCCUCUUACCCAAGCCCUCUUUGUCUCUGGGAAAUCCCUAGGAAAGGGGAUUCCUUCUGACCCUGGGAAGCUCCUGGCACCACAGGCUUUUCCUUCCUCUAGACAGACACUGGUUCCUAAGGGUCAGUCCACCUCUGUUCAGUUCCUAGCACCAGAGGUCUCCCCCACCGUUGGGAAGCUCCCAAUAUCAGGGGCCCCUCCAACUCUAGGACAGCCCCUCAUAUCUGGAGUUCCACCCACCUCCUCACAGAUUCCCAGUCUCUGGGCUCCUCUCUCUCCUCAAUCAUCUUUGGUACCUGGGGCCUCUCCUAUACCUGGGGAGCUCAAGGAAUCUGGACCCUUAACCCUCUCUGAGCAGUGCCAGGCAUUUCAUCUCCCUGCCACCUGUGAGCAAUCUCCCUGUCUACAAGCCCCUUCUGUUCUUGGGCAGCAUCUGGCACCAUGGACCCUCCCUAGGCAAGCUUCUCCUCUAUGGAUCUCUCCCACUCCUGGGCAUCGUCCAACACUAUGGGCUCCCUCCAUCCCUGGAAAGCCCCAGAAAGAUUUAUCCUCUUUUGUCUCAAAGAAAAGUCAAGAAAGAUUGGCAAUUAUUUCUUCUCUGAAAUCUAAAUCGGCAUUGGUCCGUCCCAGUGCUCCAAAUUUCAAAGUACCUCAAGCCCCUUUCACCACUAAGAAGUUCCAAAUGUCAGAGGUCUCUGAUACUCCUGAAGAAAUCCAGAGACUCCGCGAUCCUUUUGCCAUGGAACAGUUUAUGACAUUUCAGCCCUAUCUCACCAAUUAUAGGACGCCAGUAUCACAAACCCCUUAUAUUAAUGAGGGGGCCCUUCCAACUCACAUGGAGCCUAUAACAUCAUUACCUUCUCUUACUACUCAACUACCCAAAACAUCACAGAUUUCACAUUCUGAAUGGGACUGGAAAUCCCGAUUCCCUCCUAUAAGCAAGCCCUGCAUAAUGACUCCAGUUUCAGGCACCAAGAAACCCAAGAUGAUGGCACCCCCUUCCUCUCCCCAAGAGCUCAAAGAACAGCGGUAUUUUGUUGAUGUGGAGGCUCAGAGGAAGAACCUAAUACUAUUAAAUCAGCCUACAAAAACUUCUGGACUCCUUUCAGAGCUACACACAACAGCUAGGAAUCUUGUAAUUGAGACACUUCAUACGGACACAGUUCGGCUGGGAUACCUAUUUCGCAAGUAUAUUGCCUACAGGCUGAUACAGCAUGCAAGAAACAACAUAAUCAAACAAUUACAAGCCAUCCAAAACAGUGGGAAAGGUUAUGAAAGCCAGUACCUCUACAUAAUACUGAGCAGAAUUGAUAAUUACCAGAAAAAGGUGAUGGGGUCCUGGACCGAGAAGCAGAAGUCUCUAGAGCAGAAACGGAAUCAGUGUCUAAGGAAGAUGAUGUCCUUAUUUUGCCAGCUCCAAGAGAUGCAUAAAUUGAAUCUUAGUCAACCUGUACCACUGAUCAUCGACAGAAAGCAGAUACCUGCCCCUACCAAAUCUCUUCAACAGCCAUUCCUAGAGCUACUAACAGAAAAGGACAGAAAAUCUGACAUAUUCAAGAAACUGAGGUAUGUGGAAGAUCAGAUGGAAGCCAUCUGGAAUGCUGAUCAGUCGACUUCAAGCUACCCAAUAACUGAGAAGACAUCAAUACAUUCACUGUGGGCCCAGCUGGGUGGGUACCCAGCUAUUCCUAUGCUGCUCCAGUUAGAUGUUCAGUCUACCUUCAGAAAAUCUCUUCAAUCCAUUCAGUCAAAUUUAAUAUACAGUAUACAGAAAGAUUUAAAUGAUUUAGUCUUUGAAAAGCUGGAAGAAUACCUAAAUAAAGCCAUCUACAUGCCAAAUUUAUUUAAUGGUGCUUUCAGCAGCAAACACAGGUACACUACGGAGUUACUGCAGGUUCCUUUCCAGACCACCAGAGCACAGCAAAGAAGCACAAAGCCCAAGGCGGAUAAAAUAUGUGGAUUUCCAACCCUGGCUCGUCAGGCUCACUGGAUUGAGCGCUGGCCUGAGAACCAAAAGAUACGUGGAUUCCUUCGCGAGCAGCACAGAGACUUAGACACACCCUCAGGAAAAGCAGCCCCGCCUCCCAAAGGGCCUUCACUGUUCGGCUGGGCCCAGCACCAGCAGCCGGGAAGAAACGGCGCGGAGCAGGCGACGCGCACGCUCGCCCCGAGGCCGCAAGGGAGGCGGUCUGGCGUGCGCGCGCCCGCGGCGGUGGGCGGGGUUCAGGGCGGGGCUCUGAGCUGGACUGGGGCGGGGCCGCAGGAGCUGUAG